AUGCCAUUAUUAAGUGCAGUUAUAAUAUCUGUGUUGUUUGUCAGCAUAAUUGAUGAGGAUGCUCUCUUGAAGAUACUUGACCUGCCUAUAUUGGUUGUACUGGACGAAGCAUACAUUGAAUUUUCGGGAAUUCCGUCUAGGAUGGCAUGGGUGAAGAAGCAUGAAAAUCUAAUUGUUCUUCGAACCUUUAGCAAAAGAGCUGCUUUAGCUGGACUUCGUGUUGGGUAUGGAGCAUUUCCUUUGAGCAUCAUUGAAUAUCUUUGGAGGGCAAAGCAACCAUAUAAUGUGUCUGUUGCUGCCGAAGUUGCUGCUUGUGCAGCGCUAGAAAAUCCCGCUUAUUUGGAGAAGGUUAAAGUGGCUUUAGUUCAAGAACGGGAGCGGUUGUAUAAGCUUUUAAAAGAAAUGCCAUUCCUCAAUCCAUAUCCAAGCUAUUCUAAUUUUAUUCUUUGUGGGGUUACUUGUGGAAUGGAUGCGAAGAAGCUUAAGGAAGACCUUGCAAAAAUGGGGGUGAUGAUCCGUCACUACAGUAACAAAGAAUUGAAGGGUUACGUGCGUGUCUCUGUUGGUAAGCCUGAACAUACAGAUGUCUUAAUAGAUUGCCUCAGACGGCUUUCUUAAAUUCAAUGCCAGUGUUGGAGUUACGUAGGAGGGAAUGGAAAUCUGACCAGGUUCAGGUGUUCAAGGGGCUAUUAUUGGCAAAAAAAUCAAGUUCCUUUUCUCCUGCACGUUAAGCAGUAAGAGAAAUUCAAGUCACUCUUUCUGCUUUAGUCAACUGAAUUGUAAUUUUGGGGGAAUAGCAUGUUAUUUUAUUAUUUUUAUUGAACACACAAUAGGAUACAUGCAUAUUUUGAACAUACUUUAUCCAACAUCAUGCUGUAGUCGCAAGAGCCCACAAAAGAAUUCCUUGUUAUUCAGGUUACAACAUAUCCUUUGUGCCAAAGUAUUUUUCCUGUU